GUCAGUUCCUCGGUGUUCAUUCCUCCCUCUCUCUCCCCGGCGAUCAUCAACAAAAUGAUCAUCCCGAAGAAGAACUGCCAGGAGAUCUGUAAGUACCUCUUCCAAGCUAUCUCGGGCCGAGGCUUUAUAGCCCAAGACAUCUGUUUCAAGAACACAACCGGUGCAUCCAAGGGCCAGGCGGUGGCGCUGCGCGUCGAUGUUGGUUUCGUCGCAUUCUACCGUUGUGCCAUUGACGUAUAUCAAGACACUUUGUAUGCGCGCUAUGGUCAGCAAUUCUAUCGAGAGUGCAACAUCUCAGGCAUUAUAGACUUUAUCUUCAGUGAUGCCUCCGUUGUCUUCCAAAACUUCAUGAUCUACGCCAAAUUACCAAUGCAAGUGCAAGACAAUACCAUCACAGCCCACGACCGUAACAAAGAAAGCGAGGCUACAUGCUUUUCGAUGUAAAACUGUUCCAUCCUGCCGUGGCACGACCUUGCUGCCAGCAAUGGGUUAGUCAAGACGUACUUGGGUCGACCGUGGAGGAAUUACUCAACCACGAUGUACAUUAGGUUAUAUAUGGACAUGAUCGUCGAUCCAAGCGGAUGAAGUGGUCAAAUGGCGACAAUCCGACAAUGUACAAGGUGCACUAUGACGAGUACGCAAAUUAUGGGUCGGGAAAUGAGACACAACAAACAAAGAUAAAUUGGCCGGGAUUUCAUUGGAUGUAGUACAAGGAAGCAAUCAAAUUUUAAGUUUCUCAGUUUACAAAUGGGAGUCAGUGGCUGCCUUCUACAAGAAUCCCAUAUGACUCCCAUUUAUAAACUGAGAAACUCAAAAUUUGGUUGCUUUCUUGUACUGCAUCCAGUGGAAUCCCGGCCAAUUUAUCAUUGUUUGUUGCGUCCCAUUUCCCGGCCCAUAAUUUGCGUACUCGUCAUAGUGCACCUUGUACAAUGCCGGAUUGUCGCCAUUUGACUAAUUCCUCCAUCCACUUGGAUUGACGAUCCUGUCCAUAUAUAACCUAAUGUACACCGUGGUUGAGUAAUUCCUCCACGGUCGACCCAAGUACGUCUUGACUGACCCGUUGUUGGCAGCAAGGUCAUGCCACGAUAGGAUGGAACAAUUUUGCAUCAAAAAGCCUGUAGCCUCGCUUUUUUGUCACGACCGUGGGCUGUGAUGGUAUUGUCUUGCUCUUGCAUUAGCAAUUUGGCGUAGAUCAUGCAGUUUUGGAAGAUGUCGGAGGCAUCACCGAAGAUAAAGUCUACAGUGCCCGAGAUGUUGCACUCUCGAUAGAACUGCUGACCAUAGUGCGCAUACAAAGUGUCUUGAAAUUUGGUUGCUUCCUUGUACUGCAUCCAGUGAUUUUUCAGCUUCAAAGGUGUUUUCUACGAAUUUCAAAAUUUUCACGUUGUUGUUUAUAAGUUAUAGAGUUUGCGCUAUUUUAAAGGUUUGAUAUUU